AAGGAGUCCAGGACAACAAUGAAGUCUCUCCGAUUCAUUAGCGCCGAAGCAUUUGUGUCAAAUGCAGAGUUUGCCAGGAAGAGUCUCGGUGCUGUUGCCCAUGAUCUUUUUCCGCUUCUUUUUAAAGCCAGCUACUUACUGGAACAAGGGGAAGUGAUUCACGACUUGGUAGAGAACUGGCCACUUUUUGAUUUUAACAUGGGAAAACUUUUGGGAGCUACUCUGGACUACCAGGAAGACCUGAGCCAUAGAACAUGCUCAGUGUGCUUGGAAAGCUGUCUGACAGGGCUGAGAGACUAUGUGCUGAAUCAGUCUUCUCCCUACAUGAAAAAGUUGAAAGUGGUCGACCUGACGGGUAUAAAAGAUGUUGAAGUUCAGUUUUGUAAGUGCAAGAAGACCAUGGGCAGGUGGGCCAGGACACAGCUGCUCUCUAAGCUUUGUUCAGAACUGCUGGUUUACCUGCAACGAGCACAGUGCAAUCCAGGUACCUUUGAAAUCAGUAUCAAUGUGCUAAUUGACUUGUUUGUUACAGAGCGGAACUAUGAGCUGGUUGUGCAGGCCCUGCUGAAGAAAUGCAGUUGUCCACUGAAAAUCUGCUGUGUAGCAUUCAGAUCUGACAACCUGACCUUGCAGAAAUUCUUCUAUAUCAUAAAACUCACUGAUCCCUCCUUGUUGCGUAAACUGGAAAUAGUUCAUAAUGUUCACUUGGAAAUGGAACACUUGGAAAUGCUCUUCAACAGCAUCCACUUCCCUCUAUUGAUGUCUUUGACCUUGCCAGCACGAACAUUUAAUGUGAGGAGGUUCACAGCUACAGAUGAACAGAUGCUUUCUAACAUUGGAGAAAAGAUGGGUGAAAUGUCACAGCUCACUGAGCUGAGUAUGUCAUUUUCUAUACUCACUGGAAGAAUACAGAAACUUCUCAGCCCACUAAGAACUCCCCUGAAGAUGCUGGAUGUUUCUAACUGCUCCCUGAACCAUGCUGAUAUGGCCUUUUUAGCCAAUAGCUUCCAUGCCAACCACUUGGAAGUCCUGGACUUGAGUGGUCAUGAUAUACCUGAGCUUUACCCAUCAACAUUCUUUAAGCUCCUCAGCCAUUGCUCUUCAGUGCUCAGGAGUCUUACCCUGGAGGACUGUAACAUCCAGGACACUCAUGUCAACAUGUUGAUUUUAGGUUUAAGCCCUUGUCAAAAACUACAGGAGUUUAAGUUUAUUGGAAACCCACUGUCAUCCCAAGCACUUAAACACCUUUUCACAUUUCUCUGUGAGCUGCCAAUGCUGAAAAAUGUGGAGUUCCCAGUUCCAAGGGAUUGCUACCCUAUUGGCAUCACAUACCCCAUUGAUGAUGCCAGUCUUUGCAGAUUUGAUCACCAAAAAUAUGAAAGGGUAGCAGAGGAGCUUAACCUCAUUUUACUCCAAGCAAAUAGAGAGGAUGUGAAGGCUUCAACACCACUCUUUGGGAGUUAUGAUGCAGCUGUACAGGAGACAAACAGUGAACUGGGAGCUUACUUGAUCAAGUCCUUCAAAGAGACUUUAGAGAAGUUCAGUACUUCAUUUAACAAAAUGAGUUAAAGUGGUAAAAUUGUUAAGUAGCGAUGAGAUGAACUCAAAUCAGAACUUUAGUCUUUUGUAGAAACUGCACCUUCAAUCAUCAGUUGUGAAGUUUCUUUAGUUUUUCAGCUGAAUUUACUAUUGUUUGAAUGGCCUCUAAUCAUCUGAGGUAUUGUAUCUUAUGCUAUGUCUAUUGCAUACACCUUACACAAGCACUACUUGCUCACAAAAAAAGAGAGGACACUUAAAAGCGCAUGAUUUUAUACAAAUGCACUUUUUCUCAGUAAAUCAAAUAGGUGUUUAAGCUUGUAAAGAUUUCUUAUACAGGUUCCCUUAGAUUUGUCAGCUGGUCUGGUAGCCCAGCAGAAAAAACAGGGAAGUCCUUUCCUAAGUCCAGCAGGAUGUUCAAAAGACUCUGCACAUAUCCUCACAUGUGGCUCUCUAAACUGAUUUUUUUCCUGCUCAUGACCUGAAUUCACCAAUCUGUGUUUUAUGCAGUAUAUUCCCAAUAAUGGAGGAUGUGUAGCAGCCUCCAUAUCCCUGUGCCUCUUUCUUCUGCAGAGGCAAGCUCAAUAAACAGAAUUUGUCUUAUACAUUGCCCUUGGUGAGUAAAAUUCCAUACUGAGGAGGCAGCAAACCAAAUGGUUGGCUGAACAGCAGGGGAUCUCCAAGGUACUCCCUGGAAUCAGCUUCUCAGCUGGUGGAAUGUACCCUGCUCCUUUCAGCUGUUUUAAAGAAACUCUGGGACUGUGGUAAUACUGAAAAAAAGACUAGUGUUGAAAAAACAUGAAAAGAAAAUUAAUCCAAUGCCAAUUUAAAAAAUGUGGAAAAGGGACAAGGCUGGUUGCUGAGUAACUAGAAGUUUAUGUGUGUAAAACACUGCCAGACAUCCAUCAGGACUGUGUGUUCUCUACAGACUCGCAACCAGUAUCAGGAAAAAUCACAUUUAUUUGUCAAGCUUUAGUGCAAGGGAAGUAUUAGAGUGACCCCAGAAUCCAGACACGCAGCAUUGGAGCAUAGGUAAAGGGGCCAGCUGGAUGUGAGGACAGUAAGGGCCACAAGACACAUCUGGGGAGAGUACUAUAAAUCUAUAAAUGGGCCCUGAGUGGUAAACAAGUGCUACUCACCUGUAAAACUAGACUUGGUUAGCUUCUGGGUAAUUAAAAAAACCAAAAAAGCCCAGGUUAAUGCAAAAUGUUCUGCCAUUAGAUAUACUUUAACAGUUUGUGAAAACUUGAUCAAACAGGACUGAAAAUGCAUGUUUGUAGCAAGAGCUGAAGGUGUCAUUGUAAUUUUGAGGAUCAACAUUAAGAUAACCAGGACAGUUUAUUUGAAAUAAUACUGGGCCUCAUCUUCUGAGGGUAAGGAAAAAACUUCCUUCAUUUAGGCAGUGCUGAUUUGUCAAGCUUUCUGUUUAUUCACAGUAGGAAUAUGCAAGCAACUCUUAACCUAAUUUAUUAAAAGAAACCCCAAAAUGAAACAAAAAUUAAUGGACUGAGUACUAAGCAGAGCUUACAGGUUCCACAUAAUGCAUUUAAAUAUUUUUAAUGUCAGCUUACAUUCUAAGAUAUUUAAUGAUUAACAUAUGAUGAUAAAAUUGAAAGUGAAUGGUCAUGACCUGUUUAUGUUUACAGAACACUUAAGAAAUAAAAAAAUAAGCUAAGUUGCUAAGCUAAGGAGUUGUGAAUAGCAAAUGACAGGAUUAGAUUCCGUAUAACCUUGCUUAUAUUUGGACAGAAUUCUACAUGCUCCUUUAUCCUUGCCUGUACUCUACCUUUUCUUCCCUCUUGCCAUUCUUUCAGUCUCAGACUUGACCCAUGACUUCUUAGUCAGAUGUAAGUUACUUGAAUUUUGCCAUGCCAAAUGUCUAUCUCUUUGGGAUGAGUAGUGGCAGUUUUACUGGGAGAGGACACUGUAUUUUACUGUACUGUACUCCAAUCUAACAGGUUGUACCUGGAGAUGAAGGCUGGCCAUUUUGGAACAUGCUGUGCUACAAUAGUUGGUCCUUGCCUUUUUCAGUACACACAAAAUAGACAGCUCUUAUGUCAGAAUAAUUAGAUGCCUUAUAAAGUCUGCUGUCUAUGUAGCUGUCCUUCUGGUUUCCUGUUGUCAUAGUUCACCCCUUUACUUUAGUUCCUCCUUUUUCUGAACCCCACAAACUCCAGCCUUUCUUCCAUUUUCAGUCUCAUGUCUAUGUGCUGGCUCCUGGGCCAGCAGAAAUGUGUAGCUUUUGUUUUUGUGCAAAGUGAGGGUCACCACUAUGACUAUUUUAGAGCUUAGCUCUCAAAUAUACCACCUUCUUCUCUUUAGUUUCUUUCUUAAUUAUGGUUGUUAUUGUUGGUUUCAAAUACAGGUCAAGCUUUAGCAUUUGGGUGUUUGCUUGACCAACUGCAACAAGGAUUUCUGCCCUCUCUCAGAAGGGUUCCUGCAUGUCUUCUGCCCCAGCAGUGUGAUUAUGGUUUGGACCUGCUCUUUCUUCCUUUUUCCACGUGUGUGGGACUUGGAAUGCAGCUGUUAGAGAAGAAUGAUUAAUGCUACAAUGACCUUGCCAUAUAAAAUUACCUUAUAUUUUGCAAGUACAGACAUACUGAUUGAGUCCUGUUUGGUAUUCCCUUUUCUUCCUUAUGGGACUAUUGUCAGCUUCACUGGGUUCAGACUUGAGUAGAUCUAAGUCCAUUUGUACUGUCUAUCCAGAAAGCUGUCCAAAGCCUUGACUACAUACCACCUUGAGGUGGAGACAGUCUUCUAAGCUCCAGUUAAGGCUGCCCAGACAGAGACAGGACAGGAGUUACCACAACACUGAAACCACACAGCUGUCAAUGGAGUGAAGAUCUCUGAUGUGUUGUGAAUGGAGUUGUGUUCAAUUCCGUCCUAUCACAUCUGCUCAUGAUGUUCCUUUAAGUGUCUGAAGAAGAAUACUCAAAGUCCCUUGAGGUUUCUUUGUGAAAGACACAGAAGAGAUGCAUGUAGAAAAAAACCUCUGGAAAACAAAACCAGGAUAAAACCAAAAUCAUUCUCACCAUAUUCAAGCAAAUGUUCUAAACACAAAAUACAAUAAUGAGCAGCACAGGGAAACUAAAGGCUGAAUUUUUAGUUCCAGUAUAAAGAAAGAGACUGUUAAAUUUGUAUUCUAUUCACCCGGCUUUAUUCAGUACCAUAUUGUAUUUUUUAAUUCUUUAGCAUAUUUUAAUUUCAUUUACUGGGACAUAUUUUUUCAGUAGCAGUCACUUGCAAAUCUUUUUCUCUUGCAUGGUAAGAAUUUUCAGAAGAACUUGCUGAUGUUGAAAUUGCUAAACUCCCCUACUCAGUAAUUGUACUGAGUUCAGUGAAAUACCUUGUACGUAGGAAAUAAAUACUCUCCUUUGACAAACCUAAUGAAACUGAAGAACAGGUAAGAAGUCUUUAUAAAUGACCUUUGCUACAUCUCAUCUCUUCAUAAUUUAAGUUUCAUAUUAUGUUUCAGCCACACACAGAGCAGUUAAAAAAAGCAACAGGAAAAAAGAUGAUAGUAAGAUUUUUACCGUGGAAGAAGCAGCACAGCAGCUUCUUGGAGUCAGCAUCUCAACAACAUAAAAGCCUAUAAGUAGAAAAAAGGCAAAUAAACACUACUGUUGCAAGAAAGUUGUCAUACAGGAAACUGAAACAAGCUUCCCAAUAUAAUCCUAGACCUUUCAGAUUAAUAUUCUUAAAUUCAAAAGUUAUGGACUACAGGUCAAUUCUUCUGAACAAGCAUGAACUUUGCUUACAAAGCUCCUCUUUCUCUCCUUAAGAUCAGUCAACAAUAGAGCAGGACUGCAUGAACUACCUUAGAAAGAAACAAGGGAAGGAACACUGUACCUAAUGCUUCUCUCCAUCCUGCCUUAAAGUAAAAGUACCCUGUCUGAAAAUUAUUGUGUGUAGGAUAAUAAUUUAUAUGGAAAUUUUACAUCUCUUUCAAUGAACAUGUGGUCAGAGAUUGAAAGCUGCCUCUGGUUAAUCCUAAAAACAGCAGCAAGGUUUUUUUUUUUUUUAAUUUUUUUUUUUAAAUAGUCGUAUACCUAGACAAAGAAGCUUUACUUUUGAAGAAAACAUGUUGUGACUGAUGAUUACAUUAUUUUUUAAAAGUCUUUCAAUAGCACCCAGCAUGACCUUCUCUAUCAUUCUUCUAGGUACUAAGGUUAAAGAUAGUUUGCUGUCUAAGGUACAGCUGCAUUGAUAUUGCUUAACUUUACCCAAUAAAUUUUUACAAAAUAAUCCUAAAGUUAGUUUUAAUCUCAAGUGGAAUGUGCAGACUAUAUGCAACAUAGGAUCACAGGAUUUUAAGGGGAACACCACUUUUCUAUCCAGAAAAAAGAUAAAUUAUUUCUCUCUGUAGAAGAUGAUCAGAUCUCCAUCUUGUUCUCAACUUUAAAGUAUUUUAAAUUCCAGAACUGAGAGUAUUCAAACAUCUAAAGGCACAUAUCUGUUCUGAAAAUUCAUGUUGAACAUAGUGGUAAUUUUUUUUCUUCCUUCUCAGUCUUCCAGUCAGAAGUGCUUUUUUUGCUUCUAUUGCCUCUGCUGUGAACUGUGGGAAAUCAUGCACUGAGCUGCUUCCUUUUCCUUUUCCAUGCUCUUCUUCACUGGGCUGAAGGUUUCUCUUAGCCUGAGAUCCACCAUACAACAUUGGUUUUACUUGUUAGAGUUCUAUUUGUUUGCUGUAAAAGUUUUUGCAGACUAAAAGACAACCUUGGCUAUGCUCCCCAUUAUUUACUUUUUAUUGUGAGCACCAGCUAACCUGCUCCUAAUGAAGCAGAACUAUAAGCUUCAUUAAUGCUUAAUAAAAGUUGUAUUUCUAUUA